CCAAGGGUUACCACUGAGACCAUUCUCCAUCCAAAUCCUCGGAGCAAACUUCAUGAGGUUCCCAGUUAGUUUACAGGUGUUGGCGUACACAUGAAAUAAUUCCAUGGUUUCCAUAGCAACGAAUUUAGAAAAUGAUGCAUUUUUACCUGUAAACAUUAGAUUCAUAAUUCUAAUCCAGUUUACAUUCAUAUCUAUGGUUGAAAAAACUUUCACAUUAAACUUUAAGUUCAAGUGUACGCACCGUAUCCCUAUGUUUGAAAGUCAAUAAAAUUUCUGUGCUCGAAUUGAAAUUUUUCAGAAUCUGAAAAUGAAUUAAAAAUACAUGAAAUUUCUUGUCGCGAUUUUUCAAAUUUACAUCAGUUAUGGGCUUUUUAGAAAUAACUGUGUUAAAAUGAUAAUUUUCAGUGCAACUUGCAACCCCAUCUAUCAUGUUGUAUCAGGUAAAUCAUCACGUCUUAGCUUCGUUCAAAAGUGAUAUUAUCGAAUUUGCCGUCGUAGCUGACUAGAAUCAUUAGCACUCACUUAUGAAGAAGAAAAUCCGAAUUGAGUUGGAAUGUCGUUAUUCAACGCUAUUGAUUUAUGGUCAACUCGUUGCGGAGUAGAUGAAACAUUCAGUAUAAAUUGUUUAGUAUGCGUGGAUUAUGACGAAUCCGGUCGAAAUAAAGUGAUCGUUGGAAGCUUGAGUGGUCUGUUACAGAUUUACGAAUUCAAUUGCACCGAUUUUGCUCAAACAUCGUUUAAACCUUCUGAUCUACUCUUGGAAACCCAAUUGCCUCUACCAAUCAUUCACGUUGCUACCGGUCAACUAGUCAGUGGUUCUAGAGCUCAACAUAUCGCUAUAGCUCAUCCUACGAAUAUAAAAGUGUAUAGUUUUGCUUCAAUACCAGGCUCAACCGAACACGGAGAUCAGUUUGAUUUACGAGUUGUUUACGAGCAUGCAUUACAACAUUCCAUUCAUCAACUGAUAGUAGGAUCAUUUGGCGGCGUCAAAGGUCGAGAUUUUAUAUGCAGUUGCGCUUUAGAUGGUACGCUGACGUUUUUUGAGCAAGAAACCUUAGUCCACGAAACUCGUUUGCCUUCUUUCUUAUUGCCAAAUCCGAUAGUGUAUGUGCCAGAAUUCGAUUCGUUUGUUACGUUUUCCGCUGACUGGUGUAUUGAAAGCUAUAGGUAUCAAGAUUUAGUAAACACAUCCAGGAAGAAAAUUGUACCAACGUGGUCGUAUAAUUUGGGCGAUAGUAUUAUCGAUAUACAAACUUUGAGACACGAUGAAACAUUCAUCGUUGUGCUUUCCGAGCACAAUUUGACUUGUUUUAAUACCAAAGGCGUUGUCAGAUUCACCAAAAGAUUGCAGUAUUCUUCGUUAUGUUUUCAUAUCUAUAUCAAUGAUGUCACAAAUGAAUUAAUGAUGUUGAACGUAUCCGAUUCUGGUGUUUUGUUCGUAUAUGAACGUACUACCCUACGUUGGAGUGCUAAAUUACCUACAAUUCCUAUCCACAUCAGUAAGGCAGACUUUGGGGUGAAAGGUGCUCUAUUAAUGCUCUCUGAUCAAGGAGACUUGAACUGUUGUUACUUGGGAACUAAACCAUCACUUUUCGUGGCUCCUCCAUUAGAAAAUUCGAUCACGAAUUACAAAAAUAUCAAUACGAAAUUGGAAAAACUACACGAACAGAUCAAAGAAUUCACCAUAAGUGACGCUAUAAAUAACUUGACGCUGUCUGUGAGUGAACGUGAGAUCCAAGUUGAAACGAAAAUUGUGCCUUUUGAUAAAGCAUUGAAUCAAUGUCAACUCGUUAUUGAUCUACUUCCCAGUCGACCUUUGAUUAGUGUGCACGUAGCGUUUGAAAUCAUGGCACCGUUUUCCAUCCAACCAGAAUCAUAUACUCUUUCUACUCUACAGGAAAAAUCAGUUUUCAAUGCUACAAUCAUGAUUGAAGAUUUCAAAGAUAUCGUACCAAGCAGUUUAGAUGUCACUACCAUAGUGAGCUACAUGGGAAAGAAUGCCCCAUGCAUGAUACGCAAACGUUGCAGUUUGCCAGCCAGAAUUGUGAUAUCUGCUUGCUUGUUGACCGAAGAGAAAAAUUGCUCAAAAAUUACUCUGUCUACGAAUAAACCUCCGUUACCAUUAUCCGUCCUAUUUCAAGAGUUUCGUGGAAACCAAUGGACGGAAAGUGGAAACAACGACGAAGUGGCUUGCUUCUGUUUAAAUUACAAUCCAGAUAUAAAAUGCACUGUAUCGUUGAGUAAACUCAAACAUGGUUAUGAAUUCUCGACAAAUUCGAUGGCUCUGUUAUAUUUUUUGCUCAUUUACGUGAUGCGUCGUAGUAAAUCUCAUAAAAGUGGAAUCCAAACUGAAGAAGAAUUUAAAUUCGAUUGUAAAAACGUGCCGAGAAACGAAUUAAUGAAAGCUGUUGAAAACCAUGUCAAUGCUAGAAAUGAAAUAUGUGAUUUGCAAUCAUUCUUAGAGAAAUUAAGCUCCCAGUUUAGGUUGAUCCAACGAAGAUUCUUGAUCAAGCUGAAAGAGAAAACAAACACCCCAAUUACAGCUUUGCAAACAUUGUACAACGACAUAUACGAUAAACUUUCAAAUACCAUUCAGUCUAUCGAAGAAAAACAAAGAAAAUUAAUUGUACUUAGCAGUGAAUUACACAGCUCGAUCGAAUUGACCCUGGAGUUAAUAGCUAUAAAUAGUUCGAUCGAAUCGAAUAAUUUGGAUGAAUUAAGAGAAGCUUUAACGUUGACCUCCCUGAAUUCCGAUUCACAGGGAUGGGAAGAAAGAACUUAUGCGAACGUGAUUCAUUUACUUAAAACGAAACUUUCUGAUUCUGAUAAAGACCAAUUCCUCGUGUCACCCACUGCCGAUAAAAGUAUCCGAGACUUCAAUCAGUUAUGGAAACUUUUGUGUACAGCUUUUGAUCGCGUCACUAAAGGAAAAUUUUCACUGUCUCAGAAACUAGAUCAAAACAGAAGGGUUACGCCAAUUACCGAAGAUGAUGAAACUGCAGAAGAAGAACCUAAACAGAGCAAGUUUCGAUUCUUAAAGAAUGAAAAAUUACUCUCAAAACGGUUAUCACUUGCUCAGGACAGCAUUAUCGAUCAACUGAACGAGAUCAAUUAGUUUCCUACGAUAUUGAAAUCGGAAUUGUACAUACGAAAUACAAGCUCAAUUCACGAGAAAAAAAAUCGUCCGGGUACUUGAUACAUAUGUACUUUAUUCUAGUCAUUUAUUUAUACUUUUUAUAAGGAUGUCCAUAAUGUUAAUUCCUUUUUAUGCAUUAAAUUA